GCUUUCAGAAUGACAGUCUGCAGAAGUGAGCUGAGCGUGUGCGCUGUACGGGGCUCUCCUGCCUUCUGGGCUCCAUCGCAGCUCUGUGGCUGAACUGGGUGCUCACCACGGGAACUGCUGGGCUAUGGAAUACAGAUGUGGCAGCUCAGGUAGCCCCACGUUGCCUGGAGGAAUACAUCAAGCUUUCUGAUAAGAAGAAAUUGUAGGAGCCAGUUUUGUAAAACCCCCCCUCAGAGAAAAAAAAAAAAAAAACUGUAAAGAUGCAAAAACGUAAUAUCCAUGAAGAUCCUAUUACCUAGGAAGAUUUUGAUGUUUUGCUGCGAAUGCGGUGUUGGGAUUUAUUUGUUCUUGGAGUGUUCUGCGUGGCUGGCAAAGAAUUAUGUUCCAAAAUCGGUCCAUCUCCCAAGGGGUCCAAUUUUUCUUCCUGGGUGUCAGCGAGCCCUGACUCACUACAGUGCAGCUGACAGGGGCUGUCAUGCAAGUGGCCCCCUAAGCCAAAGCAAAAGACCUAAGGACGACCUUUGAACAAUACAAAGGAUGGGUUUCAAUGUAAUUAGGCUACUGAGCGGAUCAGCUGUAGCACUGGUUAUAGCCCCCACUGUCUUACUGACAAUGCUUUCUUCUGCUGAACGAGGAUGCCCUAAGGGCUGUAGGUGUGAAGGCAAAAUGGUAUAUUGUGAAUCUCAGAAAUUACAGGAGAUACCCUCAAGUAUAUCUGCUGGUUGCUUAGGUUUGUCCCUUCGCUAUAACAGCCUUCAAAAACUUAAGUAUAAUCAAUUUAAAGGGCUUAACCAGCUCACCUGGCUAUACCUUGACCAUAACCAUAUCAGCAAUAUUGACGAGAAUGCUUUUAAUGGAAUACGCAGACUCAAAGAGUUGAUACUAAGUUCCAAUAGAAUCUCCUAUUUUCUUAACAAUACCUUCAGACCUGUGACCAAUUUACGGAACUUGGAUCUGUCCUAUAAUCAACUGCAUUCUCUGGGAUCUGAACAGUUUCGAGGCUUGCGGAAGCUGCUCAGUUUACACUUAAGAUCUAACUCCCUGAGAACCAUCCCUGUGCGAAUAUUCCAGGACUGCCGCAACCUGGAACUUUUGGACCUGGGAUAUAACAGGAUCCGAAGUUUAGCCAGAAAUGUCUUUGCUGGCAUGAUCAGACUCAAAGAACUUCACCUGGAGCACAAUCAAUUUUCCAAGCUCAACCUGGCCCUUUUCCCAAGGUUGGUGAGCCUUCAGAACCUUUAUUUGCAAUGGAAUAAAAUCAGUGUCAUAGGACAGACCAUGUCCUGGACCUGGAGCUCAUUACAAAGGCUUGAUCUGUCAGGCAAUGAGAUCGAAGCUUUCAGUGGACCUAGUGUUUUCCAGUGUGUCCCAAAUCUGCAGCGCCUCAACCUGGAUUCCAACAAGCUCACAUUUAUUGGUCAAGAGAUUUUGGAUUCUUGGAUAUCCCUCAAUGACAUCAGUCUUGCCGGGAAUAUAUGGGAAUGCAGCAGAAACAUUUGUUCCCUGGUAAACUGGCUGAAAAGUUUUAAAGGUCUGAGGGAGAAUACAAUAAUCUGUGCCAGUCCCAAAGAACUGCAAGGAGUAAACGUGAUCGAUGCAGUGAAGAACUACAGCAUCUGUGGCAAAAGCACCACAGAGAGGUUUGAUCUGGCCAGGGCUCUCCCCAAACCAACGUUUAAGCCCAAGCUCCCCAGGCCGAAGCAUGAGAGCAAGCCCCCUCUGCCUCCCACGGUGGGAGCGACAGAGCCCGGCCCAGAGACCGAUGCUGACACGGAGCACAUCUCUUUCCAUAAGAUCAUCGCAGGGAGCGUGGCCCUUUUCCUGUCCGUGCUCGUCAUCCUGCUCGUUAUCUACGUGUCAUGGAAGCGGUACCCUGCAAGCAUGAAACAGCUGCAGCAGCGCUCCCUCAUGCGAAGGCACAGGAAAAAGAAAAGGCAGUCACUAAAGCAAAUGACUCCCAGCACCCAGGAAUUUUAUGUAGAUUAUAAACCCACCAACACGGAGACCAGCGAGAUGCUGCUGAACGGGACGGGACCCUGCACCUAUAACAAAUCAGGCUCCAGGGAGUGUGAGAUACCUUUAUCUAUGAAUGUGUCAACCUUUCUGGCAUACGACCAGCCCACAAUAAGUUACUGUGGGGUGCAUCAUGAGCUUCUCUCUCAUAAAUCCUUUGAAACGAAUGCACAGGAAGAUACGAUGGAAACACACCUAGAGACUGAGCUGGACCUGAGCACAAUCACAACAGCUGGCCGAAUCAGUGACCAUAAACAGCAGCUGGCUUAACUGAGCUGACUGGUGGCCAAGGGUUGCUACCAAACUUUGUAACCUCAAGGACAAAAUGAGGAAGAUUUGUUCAUUGUGACUCUGAAAACAAAACAAAACAAAAAUCCCCUGUUCAAAUAAAACAAAAAUCCAAGAUUGAUUCAUGAAAUAAAGAAGACAUGAAUUGUUUCAAGUCUACACUUUGUAAUUAGCUAAGUUGUGCAGUAUUUUUUUGACUUAAAGAGUAUGACCCUGAAAAAAAGGAAAAGAAUCGUUUUUCAAAACUCAUCCUACCUACCUGUAAAAACUGUACAGAGCUAAUGUAUUUUUCAUAUUGUAAAGUUUCAAUUAUAGAAACAACUGGUAUGUACAGUACCAUAAUUUAAUUACAUUUUACUUUACAAACUUGACACAUUUCAGUUUCUAAAAUUUUAAAUUAACAAAAUUAUUUCUUGUGUUAUUCAAAGUUACUCAGUUUUGUAGGGACUGUUUUGUUACUGCUUUUGUGCCCAGAAACCUUGACUCUAAAAUUCUGUGCUGUGCGAAACAUGCACGAUUUUUAUCAUGCUUACUGCGUAGAAUUUUAUCUACUUGUUCCAGAAAUAAUACAUUAACCAAAAAGGAUUUAAUUGUUCAGACUUGUAAGAGGUUCUUCAAUUACAUAGACAGGUUUUUCUUAUAAAUGAAAAAAAAAUCAAAAGAUUUUUUUUUAACAGUUCUUCUCAGAUUUAACUGUUGCCUUGAAUUACAGCCUAGUUUCUAAGCAGUGAAAUGUAAUGAUAAAGAGGGAUAUUUUAACAACAUAUUUCCGAAUGAAUGACUCAUUAUUUCAUUCUUUUGAGUAACCAUUGUUAAGGGUGGGGGGAGAAGUAUGGACAAAACAUCACUGGAAACAAAGGCCGUAACCACAGCAACAGACUUUGAUACACUUAAAAGGAGCAGCUGCCAGUGACAAAGGAAAACUUUUGUUACAUCUCAUUAUUUUCAGGACAAGGUGGGAGGAUAGAGCAUAAUAACUGUACAGUAGCAACUUUUCUUCUAAUUAACCCAAAGCGGUUUACCUAAAAAUAACCAUCAGUCAGUGCAAAAUGUGCCUGGUUCUUAAGACAACUUUUCAUUUGGAACUUUGAGAAUAUAUUUUGGGAACUUCUCAAAGGAAAAAUAUGAAAUUUUUGUCAUUGUGUGCUACAUCCAUUGCUCCUGAGGCAGAAUGUUAAACAUCUACAGUUCAUUCAAUGUAGAAGUGAACCACAGUGGAGAAAUGGAUCACUCAAUUAGAUUAUAAACAUCCUUAAUAUGUUCUAAAUUGUUUACAUUGCCCUCCAUAAUGGGAUUCACCUCCAAAUUAUCUGAAAAAUAACUGAGAGUAAUUGGACACCAGCCCAGGUCAUAUAUUGAUUAUGUGAUUGUAUUAUAAAUACAAAUCAAAUUAAGAAAACCUGACUUUUCAGAGGCUGGAAUGAUCAAACUUGUUUCUGUUGUUUACCUGACACAGAUUAUUGUUUGAAAAUAUUGUUACUUCAUCUAUGAUAAUCACACAUUCUUUUUAGUGUUUGAGUAUUCUUUUUUAAUAUAAAACUGCAAGUUUCAAUUACUAUUGCACUAGGACAAAUGCUUUUUUAUAUUGUCAUUUAUAUUUAUGACAUCAAAAAUAGAUUGAAUAUAUGUCAGUGUAAUAGGGGUCAAACACAAUCAAGAGCAACAAAAACAACAAAAAAAGAAUUAGUUAAAAGUAACACUGUCGAACUUGAUUUUUUAUCUCUUCCAAAGAAAUCAUAUCUACAAAAUCUAGUUUCAUGCAGAUUAUCACAGCAAAUUGAAGAAUAACUUCAAGAAAAAUGAACUUAAAAACUGUAACUCAAAUAUUUGUUGAAAAUAUACAAUGUCAGAAAGAAAAAAAGGGAUGUAAAAGGUUUGAAGAUGCAAACUAUUAAUUUAAAUGUAAUUAAACGUCAAACCCAGUACCUGAAUCAAAUAUUUAGUAUAUCAGAUUUUGUAACAUAUUUUACAUACAUUGUUAAUCAAAAUUUUGUCAUUUUUAAGCCCAUAUUAAGCUUCAUUUUUUUCCAAUUGCUAAUUUUCUUACAAUAUAUUAUUUUGAGUUUUCUUAAUCCCCUACACUGAGAUUUGGAUUUGCACAAAAUUUAUAGAGGGCUAUAAAUCUCUUAUUUAUGGGUAUAAAAUCAAAUGCAAGAUUUUAUUUAUUAUGUAAAUCAAAAUGUCAUCUGCCAAGUUGUUCAUUAGAAGUGUCCUUGCAAAGAUACAAAAGAAUUAAUUUGUGUAAAUAAGCACUUCAAACAUAUUUUGAGACACUUUCAAAUUGAUAAAUGAUUUUUUUUAAAUUUUAAGGUUCCAAGAAGGUUUACAAAUGUAUGCCUUGAUUUCCUGAAACAAACCACUUUCUUAAACAUUUUAAGUUCAUCUAAAGUAAGCAACUAUAAAUAAAAGCAAUUACUUUGGAACUGUAGCUCUGAGCAUUCAAGCGCCUAAGCUACAGUAAAAGGCAAAUAAUCUAAAAAUUUUAAGACUUACCAUAUUUGAAAUUAAAUCAAAAGGGUCUUCAAAAGAAAAGGAAAAAUUAUGUUGGGUUAUUUGCUUAAUUUUUAUUCUGCCGUGGAAGAGGGGGAGGGGAAUGGUAAAAACCUGCCAGAAUAGAUGGUGUCUGGAAUCUUUAUCACAUAUUUGCAAUGUAUGUUAAUUUGUGUCUAAAAUUUUUAUUUCUAAGCUAUCUUUUUCAGCAUUUGAUAAUUUCCCAUUUUCUCCAAGUACCUACCCAUGUCUCCCUUCCUGGUUAUUGCUCAAUCAUUUAAAUAACUAAAAACUGUUUAUCUAUAUUUGGUGUUGAAAAAUGGAGAGUUUGACCCAGUAUGGUCAAAAACAGCAGCAGCUGCAGCAAACAAUAAAAUUAUGCUGUGUUUUGAGGUUUCCAAACCACACAAACCUUCUCAUUUUGUCUUCAUAACAACUCUAUGAAGACGCAUUAAUCUCAAAGAAGUUGAGUCCUCACCCAGGUACACUGGGCUAAUCACUGAUGCAGUUAAACCAUUCUCAAACUUCAGAGGCUUUCAUUAAACUGAAAGCUUUCUCUCUCUGAUUAAAGCUGACAACAUCCAGAGAUAGUGGGUACACUAAAGGAAAAAAAUGUUUGACAUGUUAUUUAAUACUCUCUAGUUUAACUCAGUUCCUUCAGUCCAUAUACUAUGUAGGCUAAAUGAACUCUUUCUGCAUGCCAACCUGUGCUCUCAGGCUAAAAUUCUAUAGCAAGUUAUAUAUCUCAAUAUACAAGAUCACUUGUAAAUGUGCAGAACAGCUGCUCCCAAGAUGUGGAUAUAGGUAGUCCCUAAGGUGCGGACAAAAAUUCAAGAAGCACAGGGAGAAAAACCAAAACUGUCUAAAUUGAGAUUGUGUGGGUAGGUAUAAAAAUGAUCCAUAACACAAGGUUGAACACAUGUUGAACACACGUUCAACUAAACACGUGUUUAAUUCAGAUUAGAUAGGGAAGACUGUUUUUUCUUCUUUUGUUUUGGCAAGACUUUUUUUUUAAACAAAAAUUUUUAAAAACUCAGACAACAGAUUUCUGUACUUUCUUUCCAAUAAAAAUGAAAUAUAACUUAUCCAAACUGAUGCAUAGAUGCUAAAACCUAUGUUAACAUGCAAGUAUUUUACUAAUCAGUUCAUUUUUGUCAAGUCUCUAUUCUUGCUCCCUCCUUGAAGUUCUAGAAACCCAUACUAAUUUUUAACAUAAAUUAUAUUUUUGGAAGCAAAGAAAACCAUUCCAAAUUUAACACUCAAGACAAAUGACAUAACCCAAUUUGAACCAAGAUCUGAUUACAUAAACUGCUUAGAAACAGAAAAUCUUUCUGCAAAAAUACUUUCUAAAAUAAAACAUCUAUUUAUAAAAGUAAAAAUGUAUUUGUUUUCAACUACUCCUGACUGGAAGACAAAUAUUAUCUUUCAAACUAAAGAUUCAAAAUAAAUAAAGAAACAGAAAGUAUGAAAACAGCUACCUGGUGUGAACUGUGAGAAAGUUGAAAGAAAGAAAUCAGAUAUUCUGUGUAGAUGGCAGCAUGUGAAGGGAGAGGUAAUAGAAUUGGCAGAAACCUGGCCACAGAAGAGAAAUUGAGAAAUCUCCAGAGCAGAUAUAAUAUAGUUCUUAACAGUAUAUCAUACUGGGUAAUAGUUUAAUAAUCUCUUAACAUGUAAAAAAAUCUCAAGGUACUGGUUUGUUUUUUAAUAGGAAACAUUCAGAUGAUGAAUUGGUCUUGUAGCAAGAACUUCCAAUUACCCAAUCACCUCCUUAACUUGCCAUAGCUGUCCCUAAAAAGAGAGCUGCACAGGAUCAGUACUUUCAAAACUAUGAUAUAACCACAAAGGUAUGACAAUCAGCAAUUGUGCUUCAUUUUAUUCUAAAGGGGAAGAAAAUUUUGAAAAUUUAAAAACAAACAUCGGAGUGCUGAUGGUCAUUUUUAAAGUUUUUCCAUGGCGAACCAUUAGAUUUUAUUAUGAGAUAGAAGUAGACAUAUUUAAAUUUUUUACAUUUUGGGUUAAUUUCUGAAAAAGUCCACAGUUGCUUAUUUACAUUUCUUAAGGAUAAUGAUCUUAAAGCAGCAGAGUACCUUAGCUAUGUAGGACAUAGGGAACUGUAGAGUUUCUUUGACCUCUCAAACAUUUAUAGGAGAUUUGGUUUUAUAGUAUUUGUCUUCCUAAAAGCCAAAUGAAAAUUUGUUUUGUGUAAAUCAAACAAUUUUUCAAAUUCAUCAAGAGACCUUGUGAUAAAGGAUCCUUGUAGCAAAUACUCUUUGUUUUCUAAACUAAAAAAAACACAAUUUAAUUUAGUAAAUUGAUUAUCACAUAUCUUGUGUUGUAUAAUGCAACACACUCCUAUUGUGUGGCCUUAAAGGUCUAGGAUGUAGUCUUUACCACAGACUAUGUAAAAUAAAAGACUGUCUCCAAGUUUUGAGUUGGUCUUGACAUGAGGGAUUGGUUUCAGUCAGUUUUACUUACUGAAUUUACCUGGAUUUAUGGGAAAAAUAGCAUUAAGACAAUAGGGAUAAAACUAACAAGUUUUUUGUUCUAUUUAUUUGUUUAAACUUUUACCAUCUAUCCUAUCAUUGAAGUUAGUAUGAAGAGGUUGAGAUGACCUUAAGUCCCAUAAAAAAUACUAGAUAUACUGAAUCAGAAUCUGAGAUAAUGCCCCAAAUAUGCAUAGGUAACACAUUACUGAGGUGAUACCAAUGCAUGCUAAGUUUAGAAAAAUAUUCUUAAAUAGAUUUACUUUUCCAAACAAAGUAAUUCUAGUGCUUUUUGUCCUAACAUGAAAGUAUUAAACCUUGUUCCUUCACUAUACCAAUGUGAAUAUUGACUGAACAUUUUUCUUGACUAGAGGACUACAAAACAAAGAACAACUAUACAUAAAAUGUCCAGGCUACUUUCUGACAAACUUGUUUAAAGAUUGUGUUCCCCAUUAACUCCUUCAACAAGUGUAUUUGAAAAUAGCCUUAAAGUAGGCAGGUUAGUUACUUAGUUUGCUAGUUUCUCUCCUGAAUAGUAAUAAAACAGCCUGAGAGUUGAAGGAGAGAGAGCAAAGAAUUAAGUUAUGAUGUCAAGCUCUUUGUUUUCCUCAUCUCAUUUUUAAACCAUCUUAGAAAAGUGGUAUACCCAUCAUUUCAAAGAAGAGGAAAAUAAGGAUCAUGGUUGUAAGUAACUUACCAAGGUUCAUAAAGUAGAGUUGAGGAUUCAAAUCCAGAUUUGCCAGAUGCUAAAGGUGUGUUCCUACCACCCCACAGCACAUUUCCAAAAGUGAGAAAAGCAUAAUCAAUAUGACUGGGUUUAUAUAUUUUAAUGGAGGUGGUGGAGACAUUUCCAAAUGGAAAAAUUACAUAAAUUUCAUACUAUGUAGAGAUUUCCUUCAAAUUUCCAAAUUUACAUCUUAAUAAAAAGAAAGACCAUUACUUUCUUUUUUUAUACACUAUUUCCUAAAAAGAGUGAACAUUUUUUGAAGGAAAACCCUUCAAACAAUAAAUGUUCAUUAAGUAUUUUAAUUUCUAAUCAUUCAAGCUCUUUUAAAAUUCAAUUUAAAAUAUAAGCAACUAUAAUAUAACCUUCAACUGGUGAAAAAGGGGUUAUCAACUAAAGCAAAAAUUAUACAGAUGGUCAAUUAAGUCACCAGGUACAAAUGACAAAGUGAAGAAAAACACUAAUAUUAUACAGUCACACAGUGUCAAUCGGCAAAAACUUGUCAUGGGUUAAGAAUGAUUCUAUAUGGCAAGAUUUUUACAGGAGCAUUAUUACGUAAAUUAUAAGAUGUCUAGGAGCAUACCACAUAAAGAAGGCAGGAAGACAACCUUUAUAAAACAAUACAGAUUCUGCUUGUUCUACUCAAAACAUAUUAUUAUUUAUAUUAAAAAAUACAUAUAAAUUUUUGUUAGGGUCCGAAAACUGUUUUCAUCAUCAUGUGGAGAUGGCAAAAUAAAAUACAUUUUUAAAACCUACUUUUAAACUUCAUCUUCAAUAAAUUUUCUUAAGUCUCAGCUGUUCACAAAUGAUUCUUAAAUAGUCUCUCGACUCUGUUAUUGUCUCCAGGAACUUUUUAUUAAACCAAUGUGCUGUCUCUUCUAUUUCUCCCUGAACCUGAACAAAUCUCAAUAAUGUCAUGGGAAAUUACAUUAACAUUUGAUUCCACCAUACUAUCUCAACAUGAAGUGUGCAUAUGAAGCCUACUUUUAUUUUGUAAUACACACAGAAUUUCAAGUCAGUAAAAAAUUCUGUAAGUCAAACCUACUAAAAAUGAGCACUAAUGUAACUGUGAUAAACAAGGCCAUAGAUUUAAAACAAUAAAU